AUGUUACCAUCGGGAGAUAACCCUCUAAUCAAAAAGCCUCCUUUUCAGCUUCACGAUCAAAUUCAAAACCCUAUAAUCGAUGAAUCCCCAUUUUUCUCCAACUUCCCCUCCCCAUUCUUCGAUGAACACCAACUCAUCUUCCCGGACUUCCACUCCAAUUCCAAUUCCAAUUCCAAACCCCCCCUGCCAUCAUCAGAUCAUCACCCCCCAAAACCUAAACAGAAGCAAGCAGUCCCGAGGAAGAGGACCGGAAAGAAAGACCGGCACAGCAAGAUUUGCACUGCGAAAGGGAUCCGAGACAGGAGAAUGAGGCUCUCCCUUCAAGUCGCGAGGAAAUUCUUCGAUCUCCAAGACAUGCUGGGCUACGACAAAGCGAGCAAAACCAUCGAGUGGCUUUUCAGCAAAUCCAACAAGGCGAUGAAGGACCUCACCAACACCAAGGAUGGUAAGUUCGCGUCGGAAUCCGGGGAGAACUGCUCGAACAAUGCAAAGGCGAAAGCGCAGUGCAGAACAGAGGAGAAGGUGAUGGUAAAGCGGGUCGAAUCGAGCCCUAAUCAGAAUGUUUUAGACAAAUUAGGGUCUUCGAGCAGCAGUCCUCCAUUAGAUCGAGAAAGGGUUUGUGUAGCGGACGAUGUCGGAACAAUCGAGAAGCUUCUGGGGAAUUCCACUUCUGAUCAUUACAACUGCUCUACUUUCAUGGGAUUUCUUGGAAACUGGGACCUGCUUGAGCAAUGA